AUGGUUUCAAAGUUAAAAUCUUAUAUUGAGCAACAAGGAAAAUUUGAAGAUAUUAAAGAAGAAGGCAAACUUAUAUAUGGGGUAGAGAAGCCGGUAAACUUGGUCAAACGUCCCUCUGAUGCCAAUUUUACAAGUAACUCCGAAGAAUAUGAUCAAAUGCUAAAAACCUUAAAAGAAGAAUGGUUUGAGCUAAAUAGUUAUAUUCGAUCUGUUCGUGUUUACGCUAGGAAAAUCUAA